AUGUUGAAAUCGGUAGCUUUGUUGUUGCUGGGCGUUCUCGCCGUAAACGCAGCUUACUACGGCCGUCAACGUAGAACCAGCAAGAAAGGAUCGUUCGGAAAAUACAUAGGCGGAUUCGUAGGCCAGUCUGGCGGUUACGGAGGCGGAUAUGGUUCUGGUAUUGGAGGCUUCUCUUCCGGCGGAUACGGUGGCAAGGGCGGCUUUGGUGGCGGCUAUGGUGGUAUCAGCGGAGGAUAUGGUGGUAUCAGCAGUGGAUACGGCAGCGGAGGCUUCUCUUCCGGUGGAUACGGCGGCAAGGGUGGCUUUGGUGGAGGCUAUGGCGGUAUCAGCGGAGGAUAUGGUGGUAUCAGCAGUGGAUACGGCAGCGGAGGCUUCUCUUCCGGCGGAUACGGCGGCAAGGGUGGCUUUGGUGGAGGCUAUGGCGGUAUCAGCGGAGGAUAUGGCAGUAUCGGUGGAGGAUAUGGCGGUAGCAGCGGCUUUGGAAAGAGUUACGGUGGCAGCAUCGGAGGUCACAGCAUCGGUGGUUCCUUCGGCAAGAGUUACGGAUCCGGUAUCGGAGGUUACUCCUCAGGUGGUUACGGAGGUAUCUCCUCAGGUGGUUACGGAGGUUUCUCCUCAGGCGGUUACGGAGGAAUCUCCUCAGGCGGUUACUCCUCAGGCGGUUACGGAGGUAUCUCCUCUGGCGGUUAUGGCUCUGGCAUCGGAGGCUUCUCCUCCGGCGGAUUCGGUGGAAAGGGUGGCUUUGGCGGCGGAUAUGGCGGCCAGAGCUACGGAGGCAGCUAUGGUGGUAGCAUCAUUGGAGGCGGUAUGGGCGGUGGUUACGGAGGCAGCAUUAAGUCCUUUGGAGGAUAUUAA